AUGCAGCCUCCCCCUGCACCCCCAGACCUGGCUUCUUCUGAGCAGCUGAGCCAGCGGGGAAAGAGUUGGGGGACCCCCUGCACAGCCCCUCCAGACUCCUGCCCCUCCCCUAGCUCCUGGAGCUUCCCUGUGUCCACAGGGGAGGGCAAAAUAUUUAUCUUUCAUUUUAAUGACACAUACCUUAAUCAACAGGGCAUCAGAAAAACCAAGCCAGAGAGCUGGUGGUGGUCCUUUGGCCUUCUAGUACUAGCACUUAGGGGCCUGGGCCUCCCUCCUGACCACCAUGAGGGUGGUACUGCUCCAGCUCAGCACCAGGGGGCACUGAUGCACUUCUGGGGCAUAAAGGGAAGUAGUGACACCCCACCCCCCCACACCCCAGUCCUUCAGCUGGCAAGAGGCUGA